AGUCGGUUUGCAGAGCGAUGAGGACGAUCUGACGCCAGUUAUACAUCUGUUUGACCCUGAUCGAUCGACUGGACCAGUCGACUAGCAGUAUCAGGGUUGUCAUGGCACGAAACCAGUGGCGCUCAAUUAACUCUGCUCCCAGUGACCAAGAUGACCAAGACGUGCCUCUGCUUGAGAAAGCGCCAGAAACAGCAGUGCCCCCACAGUGCUGCUCUGCUCGCUGCAACCUGGCCACCCUGAUGUUCUUCGGCUUCGCUGUAGUCUAUGGACUGCGUGUCAACCUUAGCGUCGCCAUGGUUGCAAUGGUCAACAGCACCAGUGUCCAUCCCUCCACCAACCACUCCCUUGUGCACGUGUGCCCAGCCCCUCCGUCUGGCUACAACAGCAGCACUUCAGCGCAACAAGAUGGGAUCCCUCAGUACUCGUGGGACACAGACACUCAGGGCUACCUGCUAGGGGCUUUCUUUUUCGGGUACCUGCUGACCCAGAUACCAGGGGGGUACCUGGCUGGGCGUCUCGGGGGGCGGAUCUUCAUGGGUGGAGGGGUUGUGGGCACGGCGGCCCUCACCCUCCUCACCCCUCUGGCUGCUGAGCUUGGCGUCUACUGGCUCUUCGCCCUGCGGAUGCUGGAAGGCUUCGGCGAGGGUGUGACGUUCCCAGCGAUGAUGGCAAUGUGGGCUUGCUGGGCUCCGCCCCUGGAGAGGUCGCGCCUCAUUACUUUUUCAGGAGCGGGGGCAAAUUUUGGUGCCUUCAUGGCUCUUCCCCUCACGGGCUUCAUCUGCCACACAUUGGGCUGGCCAGCCGUCUUCUACUGCUGUGGGGGUGCUGGUUGUCUGUGGGGACUGUUCUGGUUCAUCUGUGCGUCAGAUCAUCCUCGCUCUCAUCCACGAAUCAGCGAUCAUGAGAGAGAUUACAUCAUCAGUUCCAUUGGGUCUCAGGGUGGUACCCAUGGUUGGUCAGUUCCCUUCAAGCCCAUGAUGCUCUCUGUUCCCUUGUGGGCAAUCAUUCUCUCGCAGAUGUGUUCCAACUGGGCAUACUACACACUACUGACCUCACUGCCCACCUACAUGGACACAGUGCUGCACUUUGACCUCCGGCAGAAUGGGUUCCUGUCUGCUUUGCCAUAUCUAGGUGCUUGGCUGUGUGCUGUGACGUCAGGCGUACUAGCAGACCACCUCCUGGAGAGGAAGCUGCUGAGUGUCACUGCAGCCCGCAAGAUUUUCACUCUCACAGGUCUCCUCCUGCCCGCUGUGUUCCUGGUUGCCGUGGGCUUCGUUGGGUGCAGUGGUGUGCUCGCUGUGACCUUCCUCACGCUCUCCACCAGUCUAGGGGGCACUAGUGCAGCCGGAGUCUUCAUUAACCAGAUCGACAUCGCUCCCCGAUACGCAGGCGUGCUGUUGGGCAUCACUAACACUUUUGGGACCAUCCCAGGGGUUCUAGCUCCCAUCGUCAUGGGCUACCUCACAAGAGAUCACUCCUUGACUGGGUGGAGGAGUGUCUUCUAUUUGUCGGCAGGGGUGAGUGCAUGCGGAGCCCUCAUCUUCACCCUCUUUGGCAGCGGAAAGAUCCAGAAGUGGGCUUUGGAGGAUGAGGAAUUUGAAAGUGAGACAGAGAGUGAGCAGCCAGAUGGACGGGUGUAUGAAAACGCCUGACCCGAAGCAAAUGGAGGACUGAAACGGGACUGAAGUGGAGACACCCUUCGUUUUGGGUUUGAGCCAGUAUUAGACUGUCAGUCUGACCGUGUUGUACAGAUUUUUAUCCAUUUUAUUGCAUGAUUUGACAAAAUAUGCCACUGUUGCCUACUAUUUAAAUAAUUCUGUGAUGGUUUGAAAUACUAUACAUUUUUACAGACAUUGACACAAAUCCAUUCCACACACUCAUCCACAUUCACAGAUACAAACACAAUAAUACAAACACAUAUGGCCAUACUUUCAUAGAAACAAGCCUGACCUGAAGCAAAUAGAAGAUUGAAAUGGGGGUCAUAUGUAAACAUCCUCCACAUGGGGUUGGAUGCAGUCUGACAGUGUUAAACAGAUUUCAUAUAUUUUGUCACAUAAUCCACCGCUAAUUAUGUCACUGCAUGUCUACUGUUUAAAUUAUGUGAUUGUUUUCAAUUCUGUAGGUUUUUUACACACAUUCAUUCAAACCCACACCGCUCAUUCACAUUCACAAAAACAGACACAACAACACACAAAAUAUGCCAUUGCUUGCCUACUGUUUGAAAUAUUUUGUGAUGGUUUUGAAUACUGUAUGUUUUUUUAAAUAAUCAAGCACCAUUGCAGUGAUGGAACUUCCUGUCAUGGUGCAGUGGUUCCCAUGUACUGGCCAUGCAGAAAGGAAUCAGGGCCCGGUACAAGAAAGUAAUCUGAUAUUAACGUGCAACUUUUUUUUAUGUAGCAACAUACUCAUCCUCAAGUUCAUGCAACUGAAGGACUUACUGCUGAGUAUUUAAUGUAAAUUGAGAAUGAGAGCUGGUCAUCACUUAAUAUGAUAUAACUUAAUAUGAUAUUCCAUAGAUUUAGAAAAAAAAAAGAAGAAUACCAUUUUGGGCCUGGGUUGCCCGUUGAGCUCCUGGUAACAAAGUUUCAGAAUUGCUGCUACAGUGUCACAGUGGUGUAAAAGCUCAGUUUUCUGGAUAUUAGACAGUAACUGAUGGUACUUGUGUUUUUACGUGUAUUAAUCAAAUCAAAUCUUAAUCUGUAUUUAUGCAAUGUGUUUACUUUUUGUUUUAAGUAGUUAUGGGUAUAUGGGAACAUUCUAUGAAACAAGUUUUUAGAAAUAUUGAAAGCCAAAUACAAGGUACAUGUGUUCAGAGUGAACAUUUUAUAGUAAACUUAUGAAACUCAUACAAUAUUAUUGGAUGUGCUACACUGAAGAUUGUAAAAAAAAAAAAAAAUAAUAAUAAUUUCCAAACGUUUUAUUUUAUAUUACAUUCCAAUCUAUCCAGACAUUCAUUAAAUGGAUUAAAUGGAUGUCCCAAAUCCAACUCUGGACAAAGAAUGCUGGGAAAAAUCAGUUUGUAUGGACAUUUUAACUUUUUACUGUUGACACAACUUUUUAUGUGUUAGUUUUACAAACAGCAAGGUAAAAAUCUAGCUGUAUGUACAUGAGACAAAUGUACAAAAGUCUGUAAUUAAAAUACAAACAAACUCAUUAAAAACCAGGAGACACCUCAAAUGUUCAGGAAAUCUUGCACUGCCACAAUUCUGGUGUGCCUUUAGAGAUGAUUUUGUUUUAAUAAAUCAUACUUAUGAAAAUCUCA